AAACAAUUCCCAAGGCAUAAAACCAUGGUGGUACAAAACUCUCGAAGAACGCACUCUAACUAACAACACCUUCAGAAAUAUCAAACGAAUCUUCCACCUCAUACAUAACAUUCCAACUGGUUUACACUCCAAACUAAUAUCACUUCAUCUCAAUGGAUCAUUCAAUAGAAAAGCUCAAUGGCAACACAUUACAUUAUUCCUACAUCACCACAAUCCCACUAAUUUCUACACCGAUGGAUCAAUCGUCAAUGCUAACACUAAAUCUAUUAAAGCAAGUGCAGCUUGGACAACCUGGCCGCCUGAUAAAUUAUUCUCUCACUCUAUUGAAGGAACUAUAUCAACUACAAAAGCUGAAACCUUUGCACUCUGCACCUUAACAGAAGCCAUUACUAACAAUCAAAUUAUAAAUGUCUAUACUGACUCUCAAGCACUCAUCCAAGGCUACAAUAACAAUAUCACUAACCGCUCCCAACUCUCAAUUCGCAAGACAUUAAAAAACUCUCAUUGGCCAUUAUGGGAA